AUUCAGUUUAUUUUUAAACUCGGACAAGUGGACAAACCCAAGCUUACAUCGGGCGCUGUGUUUCGCUUGUGAGCGGUUCGCUGCGUUAUUUGAAAAUAAAUAACAGAGAAAAGAAAACAAAAGAGCCGAGAAUCAAAGUGCAAAAGCUCGCGUUGAAAAUGUUGUUAACUUGAACAGACAGAGACAGACGAACACAAAAUUCGAUGUGGAAUAUUCGUUGACAAAAUUUUAAAAAUAGUACAAAAAUACACAAAAAUUACAAAAAAAAAAAAAAAAGUGAAAAAAAAUAUCCAACAAAAUUUGUAGUGUUAUGCAGAGUGUGGAGUGGUAUUUGGCUGGUGUUGCUGCCUCCUCGGUUUCCCCUGUACUCCCGAUACUCCCGAAAGUGUGAAACCCCAAUUUAGACGCCAAAAAGUCGUGGCCGCAGUCUCAGAGGUUCCGUUCCCCGCCAGCCUGCCAAGAUGUUGGACGAUGACAACUCGGAUCUGUUGGUCUGCGCCUCAGAAAUGCAGGAAGAUCGUUUGUACUUUGUGGCCUUUAAGAAGAAUAUCAAGCCAAAGAACACGACAAACACCCAUUACUUUAGCGUGGAUGAGGAGUUCAUCUACGAGAACUUCUACAACGACUUUGGGCCCUUGAACAUCUGCAUGCUGUACAGAUACUGCAUGAAACUGAACACAAAACUGAACGCCAAGUGUCAUGCCAACAAGAAAAUCGUUCACUACACUUCCAUGAAUCCGGCAAAGCGACUCAAUGCGGCCUACCUCAUUGGUUCAUACGCAAUCAUAUACCUGAAUAAGACACCCCAGGAGGCGUACCGGCCGCUGGUCGCCGGCGAAAUUCCCGCCUACACGCGCUUUUGUGACGCCAGCUACGGUCCCAGCAGCUUCAAAAUCUCCCUGUUGGACUGCCUGAACGCUGUACACAAGGGCCUGCAGGCGGGCUUCUUUAAUUUCGACGACUUCGACGCCGAGGAGUACGAGUAUUUUGAGCGUGUGGAGAACGGCGACUUCAACUGGAUCGUUCCGCAAAAGUUUAUCGCGUUUUGUGGGCCACAUCAGAAGAGCAAGACGCUGCCCAACGGCUAUCCGUGCCAUGCACCCGAGCGCUACUUUACCUACUUCAGGGAUAACAAUGUCACGACGGUUAUCCGACUGAACGCCAAGGUCUACCAUGCGUCUUCCUUUGAGAAUGCGGGAUUCGACCACAAGGAUCUGUUCUUCAUUGACGGCAGCACGCCCAGCGACGCCAUCCUGAAGAAGUUCCUGUCGAUUUGCGAAACCACAAAGGGGGCCAUAGCGGUGCACUGCAAGGCGGGGCUGGGACGAACUGGUAGUCUAAUCGGAGCCUACAUCAUGAAGCACUAUGGGUUCACGGCGCUGGAGGCAAUAGCCUGGCUGAGGCUCUGCAGGCCGGGGUCGGUCAUUGGUCAUCAGCAACAGUGGAUGGAGGAUAAGCAAAGCUGGCUGUGGUCGGAGGGUGAGCGAAUGCGACGACGAACAACGCUGCCCAUCCUUCAGCAUAAAUACGGAAUCAAUAGUCUCGAGCUGAAGAACAAACUGGCGGAGUUGGCAACGGAGACGGCGGAGCAUGUGGACCUGCUGCUGACCCGUGUGAAGGGCAUCUCCCAGCGCGUGGAUACCAUGCAUCUGAAUGACCACGACACCAUCGAUGCGUCAAUUGUGGAUCAGACCGACGAGGAGAUUUCGGAGCAGCAGCAACUGGAGCGGGAUGAACGCGCCUUGUACCUGCAGUCGGGGGUUGAGGAUCCCAAUUCCAAUAUAAGCGACGAUAACGACACGGAUACAGUUUCUGCGCCCGCCGAGCAGCCUAUCUCCUCCAGUUACACCAUUUCGACGCGGCGCCGGAAAUCUCCGUCGGCUGCGAAUCGCUCCACGGUUAUAGCCACGUCUCUGAGGCGACUGGUUAGCCCUGUGUCGAAUAGGAGCGGCCUGAACUCUGGUCCCGGCUUGAGUCAAGCUACCGACGUGACGAGCUGCACGGAGAAGAAGCUACGCAAGCCGAGCGCCAGUGUCUUUGAGGCGGCUCGCCAUACCAUCGCUUCCACGGUGAGGAUGACGCAAACGGCGCUGGAAAAGAAGCAGGCCCAGACGCAGGGCGACAAGCUGAAUCAGAUAAAGGCUCUUCGGAGGCAUCACUCUCGCUCGGUGAACGUGAACAGCAACAGCGAGCAGGAUUCGAAUUUGAGGCAUACGCGAGCACGUUCCCAGCCCUUCCGGAAUAACAACAAUGGCGUUAUCGCAUCGACGUUAAAGGCGGGACAACCCACUUCGUCCUGUUUACCAACGAGCACCUCGGUAGCGACUUUGGCCAAUAAUCUGAACAACAAUUCAGGGGGCAGCAACGGCAACACCAACAGCAACAGCAACGGCAACAGCAAUAAUAACAACAAUAAUAAUAUAAGCAACUCGUUGAAUAACUAUAACAACAACAACAACAAUACCACUAACAUUCUGACCAGCUCGGGAAGCAGUCGCACCCGAAGCCUGGCCAUUUAUAGCAAGAGAAUGGAACUGAAGCAUCUACGGAAGGCGGAACAGCAGCAGCAGCAGCAGGUCCAGGAUCAACCGAUCCUUCCGAUGGAGAAGCAGCUUCUUAAGACCUAUGCCACGAUCAACGAGAGCAAGAUCCCCGUUGUGUCGAGUGGUGGUGCCGGCAGUUCGGCCACAAUACCACCCACCCGGGGUAGUGCGGCCCGCACGUCGCACCACCACAUGACGCUGCGGGGGAGAUCUCGGAUUAGGUAUCAGCGGCCGAAUGCCGGAGAACAGGCACCGGCAGCGGCGCAAAGCCAGCCGUGCACGGUGGCGACAGCUCGGUACUAUCGCGACGUCUCGGCAAUACCCACUGCCUUGGGUAGUGGGUCCUCUCCGGUCGCCUCCUCCGUCUCUGCCACCUCCUCUUCUAGCCAUACUUUGAACAUAGCCACACGCUCCGCAUCCGCCACGCUCGAUCUGAACUCGAACCCGUUGCAGAAAACAACCAAGUUAACCAGCCUGAACAAUAAUUCAACUUCCACUCCUACCCCUCCUCCCACUUCCAAUCCUCCAGAUUCAAGCCGUCUUAGUGGACGAGGCAGCGCGGAACUGCAGGCGAUCAUCGAACACGGCAUCAUUGGAGCAGCGGCCAAACGAAACAAGCGCUCCCUGAGCUCCACGCGCCUGGAUGAGUACAAUACGAAGCUACUGAGGAAGCAGCAUGUUGCAACCGGAUCUGGAACAGCGCUCGCCUGCACCACCGCAAACAACAGCAACAACAAUUGCAAGUACAGCGGCGGCUGCCACAGUAACGGUGGCAGCUUCAAGCUUUCUCGACGCGUCUUCGGUGAGUCUGGAUCCUCGGCAUCGACGUCCGCUUCAAAUUCGGGGAUACCCACGCCAACGGCACCACCCUCGGCCCCAGCAUCCGUCACCGCCGCCGCCCAAUGGCAUCAGAACAUCACCCGAGGAGCGAAUCGAAUGUCGAGCGAGAGGGACCGUGAUCGUGACCGUGACCGUGACCGGGAUAGAGAGAAGGAGCGUCAGGAGCAACAGCUGCAGCACCAGCACCAGCAACAGCAGCAACAUUCACUGAAGCUGCGAAAGAAGAUCAGCUACUGAGCAGUUAUCCUUGUUGCCUUACCUCUAGUUAUGUUAGUUAUACCGACUAGUAAAUUGAACGUAACCCCACUUCCCACUUAAA